AUGUCAACACUAGAUUAUGUUAAUGAAUAUGGUGAUAAACCUUAUUCAUGUUCUGCUUGUGGUGUAACAUUCACUCAAGGAUCAUCAUUAAAAUUACAUAUACGAUCACGUCAUAAUGAUAAUAUUAAAUAUUUUUCAUUAAUACGUAAACCAGGUAAAAAUAAUUUAACAAAAUUAUGGACAAGAAUAUUAAAAAAAGAUUUACCAAAGUUUAAUACAUUCAAAUCAUCAUCAUCCUCAUCCUCAUCAUCAUCUCCAUCUUCAUCUUCUUAUUAUUAUUAUCAUUAUUAUUAUUAUAAUUAUUGGAAUAAAUGGAAAAAUAUGAAAUUAAAUAAUCAAAUUAAAAAUCAAUAUAAAAAUCAAUUAAAUUGUAAUUCAAAUUUUAUUGAUUCAAUAUUCAAUAAUAAUAAUAAUAAUAAUAAUUCAUUAUUAAUCAAUGAUAAAAUUAUAAAAAAAUUCAUUCAAUCAAAUAAUUGGAAAUCAAUAAAUUCUAAUUUAAAAUUUAAUCUGAAUAAAAAAUUUAAUCAUAAAAAAUAUAUGAAUGAUAUAAAAUCAAUAAAUAAUGAUGAUUUAAAAUUUAAUAAUCAAAUUAUUAAUUCUAAUUAUGAUCCUAAUCAAUAUGAUAUUGAUCAAAUGAAAUUAAAUGAACAAUUAAUAAAACAAGAAAAUAUAUAA